UUUUUUUUUCCAUUCUGUUAUCUUUCUAUUAAAAGCGAAAGGAAACCGUCAUCUGUUCACAGGUGCUUUUCCCGCUGCUUAUUUGAGUGGCGCCUGCGCUCCACCGCUGCUCUUCUCACACUUUCGCGUUGCUUUCUUCUAGUCCUUUGCCCGAUGAGCGACCCAAUCGCAGAUGCACAAGGAAGGGAAGAGAAACAGAGGCUGUGGGAAGAAGGUGAAGGGGCACCUCUGACUGUGUGGACUACAUUCGAUGCGUUGCGCAUUUGCAACAUGGCCCACCGACGCUUUCGGUGGUGCAGAAAGGAGAUGUCUGUGAAGCGUGACCGGGACCGAUGA